AUGCUGGUUGCCAAAACCGUGAGUUCCCAAACUUUUAAAACCGCAGUAGCAGUAAUGCAGACAAGGGCGGCAUCAGCGGCUAUGGCUGGCCCCAAAAAGGAACGCAAAAGGAAAACCGAGGACUCAGGCAUCCCCAAAUCCAAAAAAACGGCACAGAGACGGGGUCGUCCGAAGAAAACACCAAGCAGCCCUUCAGUAGACGCUGAAGAAAAGAUUUCUUUCGCUUCACCCAAUUCAACGCAAGUCAAGGAGUCGACACCGGCCGCGGACAUCCAGGUUGAUGCUGCGUCUCCACGCGAACUCGAAGGCUCACCGCCAACCAAGAACCUCGCCGACAAGAAAUGGACAGCUUGGUCGAAGCACGCCAAGUCUUCGCCGUACCCAGACUUUUUACGUCCGACGCCCGAGGAAUGUCAGACUGCUCACGACAUCCUCGAAAAGCUCCAUGGCGAUGUGGUUCGCGAAACGUUUGCCGAUCCAGAUGCCCCCUCCCAAGAGUAUCCGUAUGUCAUGGAUGCUCUUGUCGUAGCCGCUCUCAGCCAAGCUACCAGCUGGUCUAACGCGAAACGAGCGAUGAAGAAUAUGAAAGUCGUCUACGGCUCGACCUUCAACUACGACGCGAUAGAGGAGGGUGGCAUGGACAAGCUGAUCGAUGCACUCAGGCCUGGCGGCAUGCAGAACCGCAAGGCAAAGAUAUUGAUGCAACUGUUAAAGGAUGUCAAGAAACGCCAUGGGAAAUGGGAUCUUCAGUUCCUCUUCGAUGUGAGCGACGAGGAAGCCGUCAAAGAGGUGAUGAGCUACUGGGGUCUGGGGCCAAAAUGCGCAUUCUGCCUCCUGAGCAUCUGCCUCAAGAGAGACACUUUUGCGGUGGAUGCGCAUAUCUACCGCAUCUCGGGGCUAUGGGGCUGGCGGCCGCGUGAAGCGUCUAGAGAAAUGGCGCAGGCCCAUCUUGACGCCCGCAUCCCCAAUCAAAUCAAGUUUGCCCUGCAUUAUCAGCUGAUCGUGCAUGGCCAAAAGUGCCCCGUCUGCCGUGGAAAUGGAGAUAGCAAGGCCAAGUGCGAUUAUAAGCUCAUGUUGAAUGAGAGUAAUGAAGCGAACAAAUCUAUGUCGUAG